AUGACUCAAGUCCAACAAGAACCCGUUCUUGUCUCGAUUUUUAAAAAACCGAGAAAAUUUCUUGUUGACAACGCCGGGACGAUGAAACCCCAUUGGGGUCUUGCAACAUAUGUCCUGCAAACUUUGCUGAUGUUGGCAAGGCGCCAAGAUGAGAAUGGCAUGGAUGUGCACUUCACCUACGGUGACUCAUUGAGUAUUAUCUUCGAGAAAUACCUCAAGGAUGCCGAGAAUGCACUCAAAUCUGCGAGCCAAAAGUCAAAAGGCCGCCCGGGGCCCCGAAAUUUGACUCUCAUCGUCCUCACAGGUGGUAUCUGGGAAGCCACGAAAGACUUGGCCGAAGUCAAGACAUUGAUUGUAGACUUUGUGUCCAAAGUGGAGAAGCUCGUGGGUUGUAGCCUCAUCGAGCGGCAGGUCAGCAUCGAGUUUGUGCAGUUUGGGCUCAACACUGAUGCCAGUCACUGGCUGGAGAUACUUGACAAUGGUCUUGAGUACGACGGUAUCCCAGAUAUAGUUGAUACUGAGCAUUGCUUUGGAGAUCCCAUCAAGAUGCUUCUCGGGAGCUUCAAUUCCCAAUUUGACGAGAAGGAGGACAACGAAGAAAGUGAUACCGGACGAUCGAGGCGCUCGCAACAAUUAUUCGACUCAGUUCAUAGAAGUGACUCAACAUUAUAUCGCGCCGAAUCGUCAGCAUCUCAAACUCCACAGCGAAGAAGUAUGCACUCCGCAGCGUCUCCCAGUCUAGGUCGAAAUGCGACUAGUACGCCCGAACGUCAGCCGAUUCAAGUCCUCCUUUGCCUUUACGGCAAGAGCCAUCUCCAAGAGGUCCAUCUCAUCAUGAGAACGGGACUUGGAGCUAGCCUUGUAUUAUAA